AUGCACAUUGUCGUGGAAAUUAUUGGGUAUGUCUCCUUCAUCCUGCGCGCGCUUAUAAUUUGCAUAGUAGACCUGUACAUCAUGUAUUUUCGUGUCGGUCUUGUCUGGCGGCGAAGAAGAAGCCGUCCCACGUCCAUGGAGCGGCGUGACCUUGUCAUGCAACUGGCGCCACAGUCGCCCACGCACAGCCGACUCAGUUCGUCGGAUAUGAUUCUAGUACUUAACGAAUCUUUUCUGGACCGCGCCUUGUGGAAAGGGCUUUGUGCCAGCGGGGCACAGCCCUCCGCUGUUGUAACUGGUGUGUCAUACGGUGGGAUAGGCUUUUACACCGCCCUCAACCUUAUUUUAUGCGGCUUCAAUGUGCACGGUGUAACCCGCUCGCAGAAAUCUGUGAACCAGGCAGAGCGAAUGAUGCAGAUUGCUGUAGAACGUCAGAGUAGACUGCACAAGGAGUGGAUGGGCAAAACUGGGCGUCUUAUUCCCCAUCAGUGCGAUAUGAGCGACACAGCGGCAGUGAGUAACCUCUGCACUAUCCUCUCCCGCGACCCGGAUCUUCGUGUUGUGGUUGGCACCGCGGGGACGGCGGCAGCGCCUCCACGCCUUUCGCCGCAGCGACUUGAACAGCAUGUCGCAACACAUCAUGUGGGCCAUAGUCUAUUGAUGCUCCGCCUACUUCAGUACCGCCUCCAGCAGAGAAAUAUCCCGUCCUCGCUGUGGCCCCACUGGCGGUUUGUUGUGGUUGUGUCCCCCCACGCUGGGACCUCAAAUCUUAAAGUUGAAAGUAUCUUUGAUUCACACGACGAUGAAGAAGUCUUUCGGUCUACAUUUGACCGCUACAGUGGCUAUAGUCAUGCUGAAAUGUGUAAACUAUUGUUCGCCUUCUCCUUGAGCCGAUUUCUGGAGCGUGAAAAUCGGCUCGCAUCCCUCUGCACUGUGAAUGUGGUGGACCCUGGCCCUGCGCGAAGCCACGUGAUAGCCAAUAGCCAGCUACCGCUUUCGAGCAUUCUUGACAGCAACAUUGCUGCCAUAUUCCGCCUCUCUCCGGUUAUUUCUGCACUGUACGUUACGGAUCUCUGCCUCAGCAAGCGUGUGGAUGAUGUCAAUGGUCAUUACUUCCGCAUGGGGGAGGACCAGACCGCCGUCUUCGCUGCCCUGCAGAAAGAUAUGGAAGCGCGUGCGGGAAUUUGGGUGAACUCGCCGCUGUUCCGCGGGACGCCGGGUCCCGUUGUGUCACUCUCGACACGAAUGCAAGAUGCAGUGUGGCGGUUCACCCUGUCGUACUUUACCUCUCACGCACUACUUGAAGCUAAGGCUUUCUACCGAUGA